UCAGUAUUUACAUCAAGACGCUUUCAAAGCUUUUUUGUAAUUUCAUGAACAUCUGAUCGUUUUCUUGAAACCUCAACGAAAUUUCUUCAUAUCGCACGCCACAAAGAGGAGGUAUAGCAAUAGAAAUAAAUUGUUUCGACGCCUUGUUUGAAAAGAGGUUCAAUACCCGCGUUUGGUGAGCUGCAGAAGCUCAAGGAAAGAGAUAGGCCACCGAUAUCCGGACACUUCUUGAUAUAAAUCCCUACCUAUCUACACUUGGUUUCCUCCUAUUCUUCGCUCAUUGUAUCAAACAAAUACAACACCACAAAUAUGUCUUAUCGCGUUGAACUCGCAACUACUGCGCGGGCCGGAUGUCAAAAUAAGGAAUGUAAAGAUAAUGGUGUCAAGAUUCAGAAAAAUGAAUUAAGACUUGGUACUUGGGUUGAGAUUCAAGAACAUGGAGGUUGGCAGUGGAAACAUUGGGGAUGUGUCACUGGAAAGCAACUUGAGAAUAUGAGAAAUUAUCUUGAAGAUGGUAAGGGUGGCUAUAUGUUUGACAAGAUGGAUGGCUACAAUGAUGGUGGGAAGGGUAGUUUAGAUGAUCAUCCUGAAAUGCAGGAGAAGGUCAGACGAGUUGUGGUUCAAGGAUUCAUUGAUCCUGAAGAUUGGAAAGGUGACCCUGAAAUGAAUAUCCUUGGUCAAACAGGAACUCGUACCUCCGAAUCAAAGAAAAAGAUCAAGGAGCAAAAGUCGGCUGAAAUGGGUGAUCUCACGGAACUCCAAGCCAAGUGGGAUGAAGCCGAACAGGAAAAGCAGCAACUCAUUGACGAUGGAAAGGCGAAUGGUAUGAAAGUUAAGGCUCUCAAUAAGAAGAUUGCAGAAUAUGCAAAGGAAAUGACAGCUCGUCGAAAGGAAGAGGAGAAAGAAAAAGCAGAAAGAGAAAGAAAUGCUGUUAAAUCGGAGAAAGCUAAUACACCAAAGAAGAGAAGUAGAGUGAAGAAAGAACUUGACGAAGAGGGAGAAGAGGAUGAAAAGCCAGCAAAGAAGAUGAGAGGUGGAAAGGUCAAGAAAGAAGAGGAAUCUGAGGAGGAAGUCAUGCCCGUUAAAAAAGCUCGUGGAAGAAAGGCUGCAGUUAAGAAGGAAGAAGACAUCGAAGAAGAUAAAGAGGAUGUCAAGCCAGCUCCUGUCAAAAAGUCCAGAGGAAAGGCAUCCGCUGUCAAAAAGGAAGAGAUUUCCGAAGACGAGGAGGACACGAAACCAGUCCUUGCCAAGACUUCCAAGGGAAAAGCUCCUGCUGUCAAGAAGGAGGAAGAUAUCGAAGAUGAGGAAGAUACAAAACCCGCCCCGCCUAGGAAUUCUCGCGCCAAGAAACCAGUCGUUAAAAAAGAGGUCAAGGAAGAGAAUUCUGAAGAUGAAGAAGAUACCAAACCAGUCCCUGUCAAAAAUUCUCGAGCCAAAAAGCCAGUCGUCAAAAAGGAAGUCAAGGCAGAAGAUGAUGACGAGAAUGAGAUCUUGACCAAGACCAAACCAGCUCCAGUCGCGAAGAAAGGUGGCAGACAGUCAAAGAAAGUUAAGGAGGAAGCCGCAUCGGUAACCCCAGAAUUGGCAUCUGAUAAUGAGACUUUGAAGGAUCCAAAGUUUGAAGCCGAAGAUGAAGAGAUGAAGGAAGAGAAUGAGGAAGAAGAGGAAGUUAAGCCUAUUGUCAAGAAGAGCAGAGGACAUAAAGUAGACGGCCCACCAGGAAGACAAGAGCUUGAUCCACGCACCAUGGAUUUACUAGCUACCAUCCAACAAUACCCAAACGGCAUAUAUACGAGUAGCGGUCGUGGUCUCACUGGUAGACAGUUGCGUCUUAUGGCUGCAAUUCUCAGGGGCGGGACUUAUCGGCCGGGAAAAUAUAGUAUGUAGACUGGUGGGUGAGGGAAUAAAAUGGAGUGGAUGGCAUAUAGUAUUAUGAUUAAUUUUGGGGAAUUUUGAGGGAUUGAAGGGUUGAGAGAUAGAGGUUCGAGUUAUUGACUUACUUACUUGUGCUUUGCUUGCUUGCUUACGAAAGAGAGGUUUCUUGCUACAAUUAUAGAUGGAUGGGUUGAUAUCAAGGUGUGUUUGUUAUUUUAUGUAUAUGUCUAUGUGUUUAUGUAGCUAUGUAUCUAUGUAUUUCA